AUGGGUGACGACGCGCUCAUCAAGAACGUCUUCGGAUCGGACUCGGAUUCCGAUGACGACGCCGCCGCCGCCGCGCCGCCCGCCGCGGCCCCGACGGAGGACGCGGGCGCCGCGAAGGGCGAUGAUGCCGAAGGGGAGGUGCACGCCGACGCGGACCCCAUCCCGGACGCCGACGACGCGGAGAGGGACGGGGCGGACCCCGACCGCCCCCCGGGCUUUAAGAGCUCCCUCGAGGAGAACCUGAGCGACGAGGAGCAGGAGGACGACGAUAAGGAGGAGGAGAAGUUCGGCCCGCCCCUGGAGAUUAAUGUGAACCUCUACGACCCGUUGCCGCCGACCACGACCGCCAAGCUCGUCCGCCUGACCAACGUCGUCGGCGUCGAGACCGAACCCUUCGAUCCGGAGACGUACCAGCCCCAGGAGGACACGUUCGUGGACAACGAGGGCAAGACGCGCAUCUCCACGCCCUUCACCAACAUCAUCCGCUGGCGCAAGGUCAUCGACCCGGAGACCGGCGAGGAGAAGGUGCAGAGCAACGCGCGGAUGGUGAAAUGGUCCGACGGCAGCUGGCAGCUGCUCAUCGGCGACGAGGCUUUCAACGUCACCGAGACGGACCUCGGCGAUCGCAACGAGUACCUCUUCGCGCGGCACCCGGGCGCGGGCUUGAUCCAGGGGCAGAAGAGGAUAUCGUCCAAGCUGGCGUUCACCCCAGCCAACCUGGACUCCGCCACGCACCGACGGCUGACGCGCGCCAUCGACACCAGACACGUCAAGACGAAGCAAACCCAAAAGUUCAUCGCGGUGACGGAUCCGGAGCGCGAGAAAGCCGCCGCAGACGCCGAGGCGGAGCGCGUGAUGAAGGAGCAGGACGCGGCGAAGAAGCGGCAGACGUUGGCGAUGGGCGGCGGCGGCAGAAGAGGUACAGGCGCGGGUGUAGGCCGGGGGUACACCGAGGAUUACUACGCCAAGUACGCGGACGAGGAGGACGCGUUGGAUGGGGACUUUUUGGAAGCAUCCGAUGCUGACGAAUCUGACGGCGGCGAAGCCGAGGCUGUCGCCGAGCGGGUGGCUGAGAAGCGCAAGGCGGGCGAGCCGGGCGGGUUCGAGGACGAGGCGGGGAUGUCUUCGGACGACGGCGUCGGGGAGAAGGCGGCGGCGGUGAAGAGGAAGAGGGGGCGAGUCACCAUAGAGUCGGACAGCGACUAGAGGAGCAGUCUGGCUGGUGGCGGUUGUGGGCAUCCCGUGCACACGGCUCGGCACAGCUUGCUCGGCACUCCAUUUUGAAAAAAAGAUCGACGAAUCGCGGC